AUGCCCGUCACUUUCAUCAACAGAAACAUAAGAAACUUCGAGCGUAGCAGCGAAUUGGCUGCCAUAAACGCUCACCACGCCCACAUCAAACAUGAGAAAAGACGCCACGCAAUAAGAGACGCAGCUCGCAGGCGAAACGCCGAGCUGCUAAGCUACGUUGAGGUAUCCGAUGCAUCUCCACCUCUGCUGUUCUAUCAAAUUGGGGGCUUGCGAGAUGACCCUUUCUGGACUCUCCCCGUGAAAAACACUUGCGAUGCAAUGACGGGGUUUGACCACCAUUUCCAAGUCUUGUGCCCGCUUGCACUGCGCUUGGGCAACUACAACGAUACUCAGCAUCACUUCAUGAGGAUUAAUGUGCUCGAAACGGGCAUGUAUUGCAGUUCAAUGAUCGCCUUGAACUUGACAAUGCAGAGACUACACAUGGACAGCACAGCACGUCUUUCGAGAGCUGCUCUCUACCACCUGAAUAAUGCUGUCGUUCAGUUGCGAGAAGCACUGCAAGAUCCGGAGACCAGCACAAGCGAUAUCGUUCUUGCCACCAUCUUCCCCAUGGCUGUGGUCUAUCGUAUGUUGAACGAUCAUGCCGCUUUCGAUGCACAUGUCCAGGGCGUUCGGCGCAUUGUCGCCUUGCGUGGAGGGCUUGAUUACUUGGGGUGGAGUGGCUUUCUGAAAAUAUCGGCUGUUGGAAUGUUCGAAUCUGCAGCCGUCUUACAUCGUCAACAAACCCAACGCAGCCAGGACGAAGCGCAAGGCCUUCAGCUUUCCAAUGACUCCUUUGUGGAGUAUCCAUCGAAACCUUUCCCUCAAGCCUUGCGAGCCAAAAUAUCAAAAUACCCACCGGGACUGGCUCGCCUGGCUUUCGACUGCCGCCUCAGCCUCCAGUGCAUCAACUUCCUAGAGAUCUUCUGCCAGUGGCUCGCGAAUAACAGCUCGUCUCCCGGUCCCCACGAUUCUAUGACCGAGCUGGCUCACGACGUCCUGGCAAUGUCGGGUCUGAACACUACCGAGCGAGUGAUUGCAGUGGCAAUUCAAUCUUAUGUGAAUUGGUUGGAAAGGACUGUGCGCCGCUGGAGCAACUUUUCGUCGGAACACAACGUGACGAUGCAAAUUGCCUCGUUGAACCAAAAAUCCGAUCUGGAGGAUUGUGAUGAGGACGCUCUCGCCUGGGCUUGUCUGAUGAUCAGAGACACGAAUCCGCAGGGGACAGGUUCAUGGCAAUGGGCCACCAAGGGCCUUUCGGCAAUGGACAUGGGUGGAGAAAGGGAGGUGUAUCUCGAUCAGCUUUUCUUCAAACGCCCGGACGCUGCAUCAGAGAUAAGUGAGCCACAUUGA